ACUCUGAGGCUGAAGACGCAGAGCUCCUGCACCGGGACAAACUUCGAGAUAAGAUGAACUCGCUGGGAGUCGAUCUUUCUCCAUCCGAGGCAUCGCAUCUACUCGCGACAAAUACUUCUUUUGUGGACGGUGAUUUCUCCACGUCUGCUAUUGGCCUACUCUCGAGAACACUGGGUCUUUCUCCGCGGGAAAUGGCGAAGAUUGUUGCGGGCAGGCCAGCGAUUGCCAAAUCACCAGUUGACACGCUUGAACGCCAGCUUGGGUUCUACCUCGAUGUUGUCAAAUUGUCCAAACAGGACCUGAAGACACUGGUGAUUAAGGACCCGACCAUCCUUCGUCUGAGUUGGUCCAACUUGCGCGAAAAGAUGCGGUUCUUCACAGAAGAUCUAGGAUUCCGUCGAUUGCAAGUGGCAAAAGUGAUACUGCAGACUCCGCACAUUUUGGGGUCCAGCGUGGAAAACAAGAUGCGGCCGAAUGUGGCCUACCUGGAAGGUGCGCUUGGUGUCCCGCGGCGAGACAUCAGGCGAUAUAUCGUGGCGUUGCCAAAUUUGCUGUCGUAUAGUGUGGAGGAGAACCUGAGACCGAAGGUUGAAUGGUUAGAGGCGAGGCUUUUCCUUGGUCAAGAUCAGCUAAGAAAGCUUCUUAGGCAACGCCCUCAGGUUUGGUCUCUCAGCGUCGAGAACAACUUGAAACCGAAGAUUCGUUGGCUCGAGGAAACUUUCGGGGUCAACGACGUGGCACUGCGAGACAUGGUGUUGAAGAACCCUUCCCUGCUGCUUUACAACAUCGACACGGGGAUCAAGCACAAGAUGAGUUUCUUUUCUUCGGAGCUUGGUGUGGAAGAGGCUCAAGUGAGGAAGAUUCUCGUCAGAUCGCCGACCCUCCUAUCCUAUAGCUUGGAGAGCAUGCGGCGAAAGGUUUCUUAUUUUGAGGAGGGAUUGCAGCUGGACGCCAACGACGUAUCCAGCCUCAUAUCUCGCUGUCCACAAGUUUUGGGGUAUAGCAUUGAUGGGAUCGAGUCCAAGUUGGUCUUCCUCAUGCAGGCUUUAAAGGCCAGCCGAAAGGAAGCAACUUCCAUGGCGCUCAAGUAUCCACAAGUACUGAAUCUCAGUGUCACGAACUUACGCGGCAAGGUCAACUUCUUCACGCAGGAGAUUGGCGGGUCAAUUGAAGAGGUUCGCGCCGCCAUCAUUGGCAGUCCAACACUGGUUGGAUACAGCCUGACCAACCGGCUCAGUCGUCGGGUAGAAGUCUUGCAAUCGCUUGGCGUUCAAAUUAACUUUACGGACCACGUGUGGCUCGUAUCAUCAGCUACGACCUUGCGGUUCAACAAAUGGGUAGAGAAAGUACUAAUGCACGAUGUUGGUGCCGUACAUAGAGGGGACGCCGAGGUCGAGCGAAGGAUGAAAAGUUGCCGAGCGAUGUUGCGAGGUACGUACAAGUAG